UCUUCUUUAUUUUUUGGUAGGGAGGGGCUUAUUUUAGUUGCCUUAGUAAAGACUUAGCGCUAUGUUCAGAACUACUAACGUUAUACAUUGAUUAAAAUGUAGCCGUUGUUAUACAUUUAAAAAGGAUUAGCAAAGUUUAUUAUAUUCAAGAGAACACAGCAAGGGAAGGAACAUUAUAGCGUAACAAUAAAUCAGUCAUUAAGACAUAAAAAAACUGCCACAUGCAACAAUGUCCAUGGCCCUGAAGCAAGUCUUCAACAAGGAGAGGACAUUCCGGCCAAAGCGUAAGUUUGAGCCCGGGACACAGCGCUUUGAGCUGCACAAGAAGGCCCAGGCGUCUCUGAAUGCAGGCCUGGACCUGAAGCAGGCGGUGGCGUUGCCCCAUGGAGAGGACCUUAAUGACUGGGUGGCUGUUCACGUGGUGGACUUCUUCAACCGCAUCAACCUCAUCUACGGCACCAUCAGCGACUCCUGCACCGACCAGACCUGCCCCGUCAUGUCCGGAGGGCCCAAGUACGAGUACCGCUGGCAGGACGAGCACAAGUACAAGAAGCCCACAGCCGUGCCAGCCCCAAAAUACAUGAGCCUGCUGAUGGACUGGAUCGAGGUACAGAUCAACAACGAGCACAUCUUCCCCACCAACGUUGGUACUCCCUUCCCAAAGACCUUCAUGCAGGUAGCUAAGAAGAUUUUGUCUCGCCUGUUCCGUGUGUUUGUCCACGUCUACAUCCACCACUUUGAUCGUGUGAACCAGAUGGGUGCAGAGGCCCACGUCAACACCUGUUACAAGCAUUUCUAUUACUUUGUAACGGAGUUUAACCUCACAGACCACAAGGAGCUCGAGCCACUGAAAGAGAUGACAUCACAGAUGUGCCACUAAGGGAGCACCAUUGACCACUUGAUAAAUUCCAGCUUGAAGACUAGUUCCGUCCAUAUAGAAGACUGAAACAGGAAACCAAAUCUAAAAUAGUCUUUAUUUUUAUAAACAAGUAAUGUUAUCUUUUUUAACCAUGUAGGUUUGUCUAACCAGGAACCUUGUAAGGCAUUCUCCUCAUUUUAAUUUUUAGAAAAUGAGCACAGUAUUAAGAGAUUUCACUUUAAAAAAAAAGUUGAAUCCGUCCUGUAAUUUAGUUCUUGUUCUCUUAUCUAAAAUGAAUAUAUGUUUUUGUACAUAUCUAAGAUUGUAGUAUGUGGAGACAUUAAAUGUACUCUGUGUUCCUGCUCUAAA